GUGGGCUGUUCCCGAGCGUCCGAGAGGGUGCGUGGCCAGGAGCAGAGAGACGGCUCUUUGCCCUGGGGUUCGGAGCCCCCGGCCCCCUUUCCAGGGAGCCUGAGCCAGAACUUCCCAACUCAAGUGCCUGUUCAUUCUUGCUCUGUGACUCUUCAUGGCAGAUAAGAAACUAGUAGUGGUUUUUGGAGCAACUGGUGCCCAGGGUGGUUCAGUUGCCAGGACUCUCCUGGAAGAUGGGACAUUCAAAGUUCGUGUGGUGACUCGAAAUCCUAAGCAGAAAGCCGCAGAAUACCUGAGAAAUCAAGGUGCAGAGGUGGUCCGAGGAGAUCAAGAUGAUGAGAAGAGCCUGGAGCCAGCCCUGGCAGGGGCCCAUGCAGCUUUUAUUGUGACCAACUAUUGGGAGAAUCUCAACCAGGAGCAGGAGAUUAAGCAGGGUAAACUCCUGGCUGAUCUGUCCAAACGUCUGGGCUUGAAUUAUGUGAUCUACAGUGGACUGGAGAAUGUGAAGAAACUGACAGGUGGCCAGCUGAUAGUCAGACACUUUGAUGGCAAAGGGGAGGUUGAGGAAUACUUCCGGGCCUUGGGAGUACCAAUGAUUAGUGUCCGGCUGCCUUGCUACUUUGAAAACCUUCUCACCUACUUCCUACCCCAGAAGGCUCCGGAUGGAAAGGGUUACUUGCUGAAUUUGCCCAUGGGUGACGUCCCAAUGGAUGGAAUGGCAGUGGCCGACCUGGGUCCCGUGGUGCUGAGCUUGCUGAAGUCCCCAGAAGAGUACGUGGGCCGCAACAUUGGGCUUAGCACCUGCAAGCACACGGCCACGGAGUACGCCUCCUUUCUCUCUAAAUACACUGGGAAGACUGUGCAGGAUGCCAAGACCUCACCAGAGGAUUAUGAGAAACUUGGCUUUCCUGGGGCACAGGACCUGGCCAACAUGUUCCGCUUCUACACGAUGAAUCCAGACCGAGAUGUGGAGCUGACCCUGAAACUCAACCCCAAGGCCAGAACUCUGGAACAGUGGUUAGACCAGCACAAAGAUGCUUUUGCAGACCUAUGACAGGUCUGCUGCUAUCUUCCUCCCAUUGCCAACAUGAUCCAAUAAUCCAGUAUCUUAGCAUAUAGCUCCUGCUAGCUUGCUUUGUUUUGUUAAUUGUUUUAAGGCCAUUGUACUUAACUUGUAGUUUCUAAAAUAAAAUGCUUUGUUUCUA